GGGAUAGGGCUGAGAAUAUGUUGCAACUUUGUUUGUAUGCAACAAUCCAUAUUUGCUUUGACCCAACCACGACUGACAUUAUCUUCAACCUCUAAAUUACGUUGUAUUCAACCCAUGCGCUUGACUAAGCUCACACUUUGGUCUUCAGCUUCAAUAUUCAUCCAACAUUAUUAAUAUUCAAUUAUUUCGUUCUCCUGUUGUAAUUGAUUUGUGUAAACAUCUAGAAAUAGUCAAAGCAAAAGACUAAUGAAUAUAAUGAAUUGGAAGCCAUUUCCAAAGUCUCAAAAUACCUUUAAAAAGCUCAUUUAAAGCUAAGGUCAUUCCCAUCUCCAUUCAAAUUUUUUUUUUUUCAAGUACCCAUUUAGCCUUUUUUUUUUCUUGUACUGUUUCUGUCUGUUGAUUAAUUUAUUUGAUUAGAGAGAGAGAAAGCAAAUUAGAUGAUGGCAUGCUUUUUGCCUCUUAAUAGCAGGAAUUUGGAUGUAAGCUUUUUUGUCUUCAGGCCAACUGUAGUUUUAGUUGAUGAACUUCUGGAAACCCUUAAGCAGUUUUCUGGAAGCACCGAGAAUCUUGGGUGUGUUCACAGUUCCAUUCUCAAAAGCAUCCAUGGAAAUAUGAUCAUAUGGUAUGGAGCAUGGAUGAAGAAGUCGAGUGAAAACAAAGAGUUAUUAACUGAAGCCCUUCUAUCAAUGUUAACAAAUAUAUCAAGCAUGGCAAUCUUGAUUGAACAUGGAUUCUUCGAUGCAUAUGCCGGAGAAUCAAGAGACGGUUCCUCAGCGGCGAAAUUCUCAACCGGAGAUGCAAUAUCAAUGAACAUGAUAGUGCCGGAAUCCGGAGACAUAAAUGAAAUAUCCUAUGCAAAUUUAGCGAUAUUUAAAUCUCACUUCGUGAAAAUGGGAGGUGCAACUGCCGGAGUAUGCCUGAAAUGCCAAAGCAAGCCUAGAGUGGCAUGUCUUUAUGUCUGGAAAUCUCUGCAAUUUUGUUACUCCUGGAUUAUAAAUUCUGACCAUAGAAAGACCAUGCUUCCAUAUCUUGAACGUUUUUCUUUUGACAUUAAGUAUGAUAUUUUUAGGGUAAUUUUUGUUAGUAGUGAAAAUGUGUCAAGUUACAAGCAUCGUUCUCCUAAUCACAUGUUACAAAAUGGAGGCAAUAGCAAAGAAAAGGGAACAGUAAUUAUGCAAGGUUGAAACUUUUGAACCAUGUAAAUUAAUGAUGUAUAAUGUAAAUUAAUAGUGUUCACUAAGUCGUAUGCCUCUUUCUUUUAUAA